UCGCUGCUGCAUGCAGGUCAAAAGUCCAAAGUUCACCGAGUCCCCACGUGAUCUUUAUCUGACAAUGGCGUGACUAAAAUUUCUCGGGCGACUCACACCCCCGAAAAAAUAGUGGUGGGUGCUUUGCUCGGUGCUCUCCCCCCUACCAACGACUGUCCCAAGGCCCUGGCCACAGGGCGCUGCCCUAGCUCCUCUCGGAGUACCAGAGCCACGCAGACUGUUUGCAACGAGCCCAAAACGCCCCUCUGACUUAGAGGACGCUACACUAUCGAGGACAAAGAAAAUUGGACUGUUGACUCACGCCUACUUUCCGGUUCCUCGGUUCAGGGGCGAGUUCACAAGUGAAGAGACGAACGCCUAGCUACCUUUGCAUACAGAGAGAUUGCAUUCGACACACACAGAGACACCUCACAAGUAUAGUGAACGACGGAGACUUAUUAUCUAUUCAACCGUUCGGCUAUGGAAACGUGUUUCGGACAACUGGCGGCUGUUGUAGGGCCAUUGUAAUGCUACAACAGUUUGUUCACGACACUGUCACUAUACUAGGCAUCCGAAGGAGGUGGAAAGGUUUGAAUUCACUCCAACCCUAGUGUUGGUUGCUGCGUUCUGUCUAUGCAUAUGAACUACCCAACUUCGGAGCAACAAGAGAUGGCAAGAGCUGAAGCACUCCUGCCUGACGUGUACACCUCUGGAGCCGGCAGAGGCGGCUUCAAUAGGGAAUCAUUGCAGGGGCGCGACCCGCGGAACGAGUCCGAGCUCGACGACUUUUCAGACGACCUCACGUCCUUCACCGCACACUCGCUUGUCCCCCAGGGAAACUUCAACAUCCCCUACACCACGGUGGAAGACGUAGACUCGCCGUCGGAAGAAGUGGUACCGUUCUACCGCUACGACUCAACGGACAUCAUCUACGCCCAGCCUCAGAGACCAAAGGCCAAGAUAGUGGGAGGCAAGUACCUGAAGGGAGAGCUGCUGGGAGAGGGUUCCUACUCCAAGGUGAAGGAAAUGCUGGACGUGAACACUCUGUGUCGGAGAGCUGUCAAGAUUAUGAAGCAGAGACGGCUACGAAGGAUUCCCAAUGGGGAGGCUAAUGUUCAGAGGGAAAUCAAGAUUCUCAAGAAACUGUGUCACAGAAAUGUAAUUUCUCUGAUUGAGACCUUUGAAGAUCCACAGAAGAUGAAACUCUAUGUGGUGUUGGAGUACUGUGUGGGAGGACUGCAGGAGAUGCUGGACAAGACUCCGACACACAGGUUCCCAGUCUGGCAGGCACACAGAUACUUUGUCCAGUUGAUAGACGGACUGGAGUACCUGCACAGCCGCGGGGUCAUUCACAAGGACAUCAAGCCAGGCAACCUCCUACUCAACACCAAUGAGAGUGUCAAAAUCACAGACUUUGGUGUUGCAGAGGAGUUGAGUCAGUUUGAGUGCAGUGACAGGUGCAGCACGUGUCAGGGGAGUCCGGCCUUCCAGCCUCCUGAGAUAGCCUCUGGCCAGGACUCCUGGUCUGGGUUCAAGGCCGACAUCUGGGCCACUGGAGUUACUCUGUUCCAUUUCACCACUGGCAAGUUUCCGUUUGAGGGAGAGAAUGUGUACAAGUUGUUUGCAGCCAUCUCAUCCGCCCAGUUCCACAUGCCCUCUGACCUUCCACCUUUACUGCAGGACCUCCUCAAAGGCAUGCUGAUGAAGGAGGCGGACAACAGGCUGUCACUCCCUGAGAUCAGAACACAUUCGUGGUUUAUCUACAAGCACUCCCGCCCUCUCCCAGAGGAAAUAGUCCGUUUUCCUCCGUACAACGAGCGAGAGGACCUGGCCCGGGGCACCACGGUCCAACCCUACCUCGAGGCCUUCUACAACUACGACAGUGGGAACUCUGAAGAGCAGCAGCAGACUCCGGCACAGCCUCAAGUCGCGACGGCCACCGUCUGGGGCACCGACAUGGGUCUGCCUCCUGCCGAGCCACUCUCGGUUUUAUCCCCUCUCCCACCACCUCGCAGCCUUAGACAGCAGGGCAGCUGGCUGAGCGAAGACCCGUGCUACCUCAUCGACCGAGACGUCCUCAGCCGGAUCUCCAACAACUCCUCCGAGAAGGCCGAGCAAUCCACAGAGAACAUCUCUCUCAAGAAAUCCAGAGUCUCUUCUCGCGAGAACGUUGUGCCUCUAGUGUCACUGGUCCACCAGUGUCCGGUGUCUACCCACUACCCCUUUGCCUGCUCCGCCUGCUUGUCUUUCUCGGAGCACAACUCGACCCAGUCAGCUGCAGCCCAGGAGUGCCAGAUGGUGGGAGGAGCUCUGGUGACAGUCCAGGAGGAACUGGAGUGGGAGAUGCUCCAACUGUACCUGGAGAGUCUGAACCUCAGUACUACCCAAGUCUGGGUGGGAUACAGGUUAGAGGGAGGGGAGAUGGUUGGUGAGCAGUGGAAGAAUGCUCCUAGUUCUGUGGUGGAGAGUGUACAGCGGUCCCUGGCAGUGAGGGGGAGUGAGGCUGGGGAGUGUGUGACGGUGUGGGGAGGGGAGAUGGUGACCGCCGAGUGCUCUGAGGAACAUCGCUAUGUGUGUGUCUUCAACUAUCCUGCCCCGAGUCUGGCGGUCUCUUAUCCUCGUCCCGGCUACAUCUACCACCCUCAAUCCCUCACCCUCUCCCUCGAGGUCUUCAUCUCUGGCUCCGGGAUCACCCACCUGGAAUGGAGACGAGACCACGUCCCCCUUGCCCCUUCGUUAACAGUCGAGAUGAGGACGAGGCACGACAAGACCUGGGCCAUGCUGAAUGUGAGUAGCGACAGCAGCCAAGGCUACAGAGGGCUCUAUGAGCUACUGGUGACCAACCCAGCCGGCCGUACCGUGGUGGCUACCUGGACCGUCCAACCUGCCUCUCUCGGAAGUUUCACACGUGCCCCGCAAGACCUGACCAUUGCAGAAGGGAGCAUCGCCUUCUUUGAGUGCUCUGCGGGCGACGCCGUGCCAGCCCCAACCUACACCUGGUUCAAGGAGGGAAACCCUGUCGUUGCGGACAAAACGAGGGUCUACGUGUCAAACGUGACCCACACUCUCCUGAUGAGGGAUGUGGUGCCGGAGGACGCAGGAUCCUACAGCUGCCGUGUGGAGAACAGUGCCGGGGACCUGACCAGCCCUUCAGCCACUCUCACCGUGAGACCUCAACUGGAAUUUGAAGGCUCUACCCCACAGUUCCUGCUCCAUCCUCGCAACAUCACACUCCUGGAAGGAUCCCUCUACUCUAUGGAGUGUGUGGCUCUCCACACCUCUCGAGAGUUCUCCUACUUCCUCAAGAUGUUCAGACUCUCCACCGCGUUUGACUACCCGGAGUUUGGGGGCGUCCCUGUGCUAACGAUAGGCAGUGUGUCGCUCGAGGACAGUGGUAAAAUGAUGGUCUGCUAUGGAGGGGUUCCAUUUAUGAUCUUCAGCCCGUCAGAGCGUGGUCAUCUGACUGUACACUCACAUCCACAUGUGAACCACCUGGCGACUACAAUUGGAAACGGAACUGGUCCACAUUCCAUUCCGUACACCACCAAUCUGGCCGUGGAAUGUUCGUUUGGUGGUGUCCCACUUCCAUCCCAGAGGUGGUACCGGGACGGGACGGUCAUCUCGUCGGAGGGGGGUGUGGAAUUGGGGAGUGGGGAGAGGAAGGGGAGUACUGAGCUGGUACUGCUGGAGCCGGUGUCUGGAGUCUACCAGUGCCACGUGGGCAACCAGUAUGGCUCAGUCAUCAGCACCACUGCCAUCUGUGUCCACAAUGUCCCAGGUCCUACUCCAUUCUCGGUCAUUGCCGAUAGCACCACGAGUCUCUACGUCGCCUGGUCCUCUCCCCAACCUCCCUCCAUCCACCCCCUCCUCCUCCGCUACGAGAUCCUCACCACUCACACCCUAACCGACCUCACCUUCUCCUCCGGGACUCUCCCCCCCUCCUCGUCUCCCUGGGUGGUGGAGGGGUUAAAUGCAAGCAGCGAGUAUCGUGUGAGGGUUAAAUCGUGGUCUCCUCUGGGCCAGGGAGCAGAUGGUCCGGAACAGACAGCCUACACAUAUGGUCCUGCUCCUAAAAGCUCUCCACUGGAUUUCCUGAACGUCACGGUCUCUCGAACCCACCAGAACGAAGGACUGGUCAUCCAGUGGCACCCCACCCUCCCCCCACCACUGGGGACCGUAUUCGCCUACUACCAGGUCCAGUAUCGGACGGUCGGCGAGAAGGGGGAGGGGCUUACGGAGCAGGUCGAUGCCGGGCAGGACUGGGUCUUCAUCGACCAGUUGGAAAACGCUCACAGCUAUGAGAUUCGGCUGAGGGUAAAAGUUCAAGUGCAGCGGUAUCCGGCUGAAUUUGACCCCACCCCCUGGAGUGUGUGGAUGCCAGUUGAGGGAGUGACCACUCCCCCUCCUCUUCCUUCCUCUUCACCCACACCCAGCAUUGGACCUUCAGAGGCAGUGGAGGAGGAGAGCGAUAGAGAGAAGGUGCUGCUGGUGGCUGUGUUGGUCCCGGUGCUAAGCGUGGUGCUCCUGGUGGUGCUCCUGGUGCCAGUCACGGUCGGUGGGUGGAGGUUUUGGGCCAAGAGACGUGCGGCCAGCUACACUCCAAGUAGACUGGAGAGGCAGAGGAUAAAGGGUAAACAGGUCCCAAUGGGCAAAGAUGUGUUCACCUUGGAGCCGAACCUGACGGCAGCCGUCCUGGCAGCAGAGGAGGAGGGAGCCUACUGCACCAUGUCAACACUGAGAACCACCAUCAGCACCUCGCGACCCUCUUCUCGCAGUGACGACUUGACAACCCCUGACUCUCCCACCAUGCACACUAGUAACGCAGAGUAGCUCUAUUAUAGUCCUGAGUGUGUUUUGUGCCCCUGUUACUAUGUGUGUAGCUAGUGUAUUUAUGGCUUUGAUGAUUCGAUCACAGUUUUCAUGGCACACAAUUCUUUGAAGUUUAUAUCAUUCAUUUCACUUAUUAUCACCAUGUAUGUUCUGAUUCAGCAUUAUCUUGAAGAGCUAAGGAAAGGAGAUUGUUUUACAUGACAAAAGGUGCAGUCUUUGUAAGUAUGAGUGAGGGGAAGUGAAAGUAACCUGAUUCCAGC